AUGGGCAACAACUACAACCACCGUCAAAUAAAUAAACUUCUCAGGCUGACUGAAUCCAAUGCAAACAUCCUCGAAGAUCUGAUCAAUUGUGUAGAACGUAUGGAGGCGGAGUUGCAAAAGUUUCGACAAAAUCAAUAUGAAUGGAGUGAUUCUGAGUUUGAAAGGUUCUCUGCAUCACCACCACAAUACUACAAGCAACAACCACCGCCGUACCACCAUCAACCUCCACCGCAACUAGAUCAACUAAAUGACGCAGGUGAGACUUCUUCAGAUGAAGAGUGUGAAUGGGGUUUUUGCCUUGUAACUAGACAAAAUCAACAUCUCUCAAAGGUAGAUCUAAUACCUCUUUUUAAAAAGAAUCUUAGUUUUGAUGAAUUUAGUGAGUGGGUAACGGAAGUCGAAAGGUUUUUUGAGUUUUAUGAAAUCCCGGAGGAUGAACAAGUAGAAUUCGUAGCCUACAGAUUGGAAGAACAGGCUUUCUCAUGGUGGGAACUAAUCCAAAAUCUAAACAGGCGAUUCAAUAAACAACCGAUUAAGGAGUGGACAGAGAUGAAGGAGAUGUUGAUGGCCCGAUUCCUAGAUAUAAAUUGUUUCGUAACAGAGGAAUAUCAGUCGUCUCAUGCUGAAUCAUAA